UGGCUCAUACAUGCAUAGUCAUCAUAGUCAUGAUGUACCGACUUAAUAUAAGAGUGAAGAGCAAUAUAUAUUGUCCGAGUUAGAGAAGAUCAUCAUAUAUAUCGAUCAUCAGCUAGCAGUAAAUUAAAUGGAAGAUGAACAAGAUCGAUUGUUGCCAAUUGCCAAUGUGGGUAGGAUUAUGAAGCAAAUCCUACCACCAACUGCCAAGAUUUCCAAAGAAGCAAAACAAACAAUGCAAGAAUGUGCCACAGAAUUUAUAAGUUUUGUAACUGGUGAGGCGUCAGACAAGUGUCACAAGGAGAAUCGCAAGACAGUGAAUGGAGAUGACAUCUGUUGGGCUCUGAGUUCUCUAGGGUUUGAUAACUACUCUGAGGCUAUAAUAAGGUAUUUACAUAAAUAUAGAGAGGCUGAAAGAGAGAGAGCUAACCAAAACAAAGCUACUGCUUCCACUCAAGAAAAAGAUGAAGAAGAGUUCAACUUUAAAGGUACCCAAGUGCAACAGCUGCAAACUGAGAGUACUCCUACUCCAUCAGAGUUUAGGAUUCUUGAGAAGGGUAACAGCAGCUCUCUUAAAAAGCGAUAUUGAUUAUAUAUGAGUAAUACUGGAAUUGGAAUUCUCUUUUAAGAUGGAGAGACGAAGGAAAAGAACAAGAUGGAGAGAGGAAGAAGAAACGGUAUGGAAUUCCGAGGUUUAAACGACUAAGCUCCAGUAUAAUAAACACCCCAAUUUCUUGAGAAGUUGUAGUGAUGACUUAUGAAAAGAUUGUAGUCUACUAAUAUCAAAUAUGGGUUACUACUCUGAGGUAACUUUAAUCCUUGUUUUUUAACUGGUUUUUCCUUUAAUUGCAUCUACCAGUCCUUGUGGUUUGUUUUAGCUCAUAGUUUUGUCGACGAAGAAGAAGAAAAUCACUUAGUUA